AACAACCUACUGUUAUCUAUUUGAAUAAUAUAACUGAGAAAAUGUAAAAAAUUGUUUAGAGGAUACAAAAGAGGUUGGAGGGAGUUACAGAUAUAGAAACUUUUGAGCUGAUAUAAUUUUGAUUUCACUAUUAAUAAUACCUUAACAUACACUAUUUGACCCUAUUUGUGUUAUCGGGAUGUUUUGUCUGAGCAAAAUAUGUUUGAUAUAAAUGUAGCAUUUGUGUAAAUUACAUUUUGUUCAUGAAUGAUUCCUUUACGUUGUUUCAUAAUUUGAUGAAUAAAUUCUGUUUUUGUAGGGACAAAGCAGGCGUCCAAGACACCUUCAUGACAUAUGAGGUGUACGAAGAUGACAUCACCAUGCGACUUGUUGCAGAGGCAUGCAAGCUUCUUGAUGUGGAAGCGAGUGCCGUGCUGAGGCAAUUUGGAGAGUACUUCUUUGAGUUCUGUAAAAGAUCAGGAUAUGACCACAUGCUGCGCACGCUGGGAGGAAACCUCUUUGAGUUUAUCGAAAAUCUGGAUGCACUGCACGGCUACCUCUCGCACUCGUAUAAGGAGAUGAAUGCACCAUCAUUUCGAGUAGAAAAGAACUGCGAUGGCACCAUGCUCUUGCACUAUUACUCGGACCGCAGUGGGCUCUGCCACAUUGUCCCAGGCAUCAUUGGUGCCGUAGCAAAGGACUUCUUUAACAGCCAAAUAGACAUGAAGAUUGUGAAUCAGAUGGAGGAGGUGGAAAGAACAGGAAAAAAAGAGCAUGUUGUAUUUCUUAUAAGCAGCAAGCCUGCGUUUUCCGAAAAAUUAUGCAGCAAAAAUGCAUCACCAUCACAACGUAGUCAUGCCUCAGAGUGCAGAAUCAACACAGUGCAUAUGAACAAGCAGGUAAAGUGUAUCCUUGUUGUUUUUUGUGUUUUUUUUUUAAAGAACCACUGGGAGACAAUCAGAAGCUUAGUGCAGCUGGGAAAAGGCAGACUUUUAAGGGGAUUUGAGCCAAUUUAUCCAGAUGAACUGUGCAUAGACCUGAAGACAUUCUGCAAUGCCUUCCCAUUUCAUAUUGUGUUUGAUGAACAAUUGAGGGUAAGGCAGGCAGGGGUGACAGUCCAAAAGAUCGUCCCUGGAUUGCAGACCAGAGGGAUCCGACUGGAUCAGUAUUUUACCAUUCUGCAUCCCGAGGUCACCUUUACCAUUGCCAGCAUUCGCAAGUUCAUCAACAGCCAUUUUGUCCUGCAGACUCGGCGAGACAUGAUGCCUGAGUACUGGAAGGAGAUGCCCAUGCUUGAGCUCAGAGGUCAGAUGCUGUGGAUGGCCCCUCUGCACUGCAUGUUGUACCAGGCGUCCCCCUUACUGCGCAACUUGCAGGAGCUGGAGGAGAGACGCAUGUACCUGUCUGAUAUCGCUCCACAUGAUGCCACACGGCACCUCAUUUUGCUUAAUCAGCAGCGCCUGGCUGAGAUGGAGCUCUCCAGCCAACUGGAACGCAAGAAGGAACAGCUUCGCCAGCUUUCUCAGCAUCUCGAGCAGGAGAAACAGAAGACUGAGAACCUGCUGUAUGCCAUGCUUCCCAAGCACGUAGCCAAUCAGCUGAAGGAAGGCAAACGAGUGGAGGCAGGUGAAUGAAAAAAAGGUGAGUUUAAGGAGUGCACCAUCCUCUUCAGUGAUGUGGUAACCUUCACCAACAUUUGCUCACAGUGUGAGCCUAUACAGAUCGUCAACAUGCUCAACUCCAUGUACCUGAAAUUCGACCGUCUCACCACUGUUCACAAUGUUUACAAGGUAAACCUUGGCUACACUCGUAUUUUCUAAAUAUAAAGUAUUUAUAUUAUUAUUUUCUUAAAGCACUUUUACCUCUUAGAAUUUACCACUCAAGACUGCCCAGAGGUUGUUAUUAUGUUACAGUGGCAUAUUAUUGAUAUGCCACUAAAUAUACAGUAUGUGAGAGGUUUUACACCAAUAUAUUGCCCAAAAAGUAUAUAAAAAAAAGAAACUGGAGUCAAGCAUUUGUGAAACUAGUGUACAUUUUUGUGUUGACGUCAUUUCCACUGAAACAGGAAGUCAGGGUGGGACAUAUUGAGUGGCUCCUCCCCCUUUUAAAAUACCCAAUAGCGUUUAGCUUACCUCAUAGCCCGAGCUAAGCUGUACUUGACAGUUAGAACCAUGGAUUUUUUUAAAAUGUUGGGUGGCAGGACACUUCAGAUUCUAGAGAGCAUUUGAUUGGACAGAAGAAGUGCUGAAAAGUGCUGAAUGAUCUCAUCAAAAUUGUUGAUCCGUAUUGGUGGUAGAGAGAGACAGUAAAUUUUGAAUGCAUAUAUCAGUCUCUCCAGGAUUUUGCAAUUUUGCGAUCGCAGAAAUUAAUGCAAAAUCAAGGAAAUGGUGCAAUAUUUGCAGGAGCUUGAAAUUUUUCAAAAUUACCACAGAUUUCCUGCAGAUUUGGGCCAAAACACAUCAUAUGACGUCAUCACAACGUGCAUUCAACCAAAACCCUCUUCCAUUCACAUGCGUUGAACAUGAGCGCAGC